ACAAUGGAUAAUGGAAGCCAAGGAAUCGAUCUGCCCACCCGAAUCGAUUUUCUUAUCCGACAUGCAUCGGCUCCCCAGGUAUAUUCGGAGCGUGCGGCAUGACAGGACUUGCCGAGAAUCGGUAACGGUUAGUGUACGAUUACACGCUCCAUGACCCGACGACGCAAUAACGAUCUCGUUCACUGGAACACGUUACUCAAUACAAAUUUUUGAUGAGCAACCUGCUUUCAACUGUAACCUACCGUUGUCUCCAAUAGCAAGGAACGUUGUAGGGGUGGUGGAUCCACGGGGUUCUACACCACUUAACACGACAGGUGGCAGAGUACAAGGCGGCCUACGAAAUGAGACAUCGAGUACAGGAGAUUUAUUUUAAAGUACGCUGCCGAAGACACCGCUCGGUCUCGUAAAGUGAAAAGGGGGAGGGGCAGUUUGGAUCAUCAACCCAUAAGUCACACCCAGUAUGAGUCGCCCAUCAGGAAAAGGAGAAAUGGAGGCCAAAAACCAACGAUAUGAUGAUGAUCAUGAAGAGGAUAGCAGCAACUCAAACUCAGACGAUGAGUCGAUGGACGAGAAGCUAGGAAGGACGCCGAGUAUUGAAGCCUUUGGCUACCAUUACCAUGCCUCAGGGAAGAUUUUCUUGCCUUAUGACAAAGAUGAACGUCGCAGAAUCGAGCUUCAGCAUAAAUUGUAUAGAGUCUGUCUAGAUGGUGCGCUGACCUCUACACGGCUGCCGCUAGAUACGGCCAAGAUAGUGGACCUGGGUACCGGAACUGGCGUUUGGGCUGUAGAGAUGGCAGCACGAUAUCCUCAGGCCCACAUCACAGGUGUAGAUGUAUACCCCAUACAGAGGAGAAAAGGAGUUCCGCCGAACGUCGCCUUUGAGAUCGAUGACAUAGAGAACCCGUGGAAGUUCCCGGACGACUCGAUCGAUUUCAUUCACAUGCGCAGCGUAGCUGGCGGUGUUCGAGACUGGGUGGCCUUGUUUCUCCAAGCAUAUCACAAAUUAAAACCAGGAGGGCUUUUGGAAAUGUCGGAGGUUGCAUUGAGCAUAUAUGACUUCGAUGGCAAGUUUGCUGAGGCUGAGCUGCGCCCCGACUUCAUGGAUGUAUUCUACCAGUUCUCUAAGCAGGUCAACAUGGAUUUCAGUCCGGUAGCUGAUGUACCAGACUGGCUGGUCGAGGCCGGAUUCGAGAAGAUAGUCCAACACAGCGAGAUACUUCCGGUUGGAUAUUGGGCUCAGGAUGACAAAUUAAAAGCACGACAGACUCUAAUGAAUGCAAUCACAUCUGAUCAAUAUGUGUUACAUGGUCUCUGCAGUCUGUUAUUCCAGACUGGGGGGUACACAAAAGAAGAAUAUGAAGCCAUUGUGCCUUCGUUUCGGCAAACCCUCACUCAACCAGGGAUUAGGCCCUACAUUAGAGCUGUUUUUACUACAGCAAGAAAGCCUCGGGCGACGGAAGACGCGUGAAAAUACUUAUCAGGUUGCUCUCAUAUUUGGGAACAAUACCCUACUAGUCACAGAGGUUAUGAUUGAUGAUCUGCACGACAUGACAGAAUAAAAUAAAACAUUCACAAA